AUGGCUGGGCUGGAUUCUGGGCAGAGCACAGUGGUUGCGCCGUCCUUGAUGCCACGUCUUCAGAAGCAGAAGCCUUUGCGUGACCAACAAUUGUUUUGGCGCCACAUCCCUCGUUGCUCGAAAGCACCACCUACGAUAAGAGACGGAAGCAAAGGCGGUUGCUUGGUCAUGCUUGUGAUUGAGCUUGCUACUACCGAUCCUACUACCCAUGGCUCUUGGCACGCCAACAUUUUCGCGCUUCCGUGUCUCUCUUCUUGCACUCCUCUUCCCCCACUCGGGCUCCUUGCCUUGCCUUGCCUUUGUCCUUUCUCUGGAGCUGGCAGAAGCCACCAACAAAGCCUGGUAUACCUGGCAAGCAAGGUUCCCUUCUCGAGUCCCACUCGCCGUCUCUCGCACUUUCAAGUCAUCAGGCCCGGCCCUGAACUUGUUUGCUCUCUUACUUCUUUUGGUGCAACCAACGUUAUUAUACCAAACGGCCUUACCAAGCUGAGCACAUCAAGAGGUCAUUGUCCAUUCUCGACGCUCGACGUUGCUUGUUUCCCGCAAAGGCCUCGAAUUUCACCUUGUUUGGUACUCAUCUGUCAACCAUUGACCUCUCCCUGCCUGGAGCGCUCCACACAACCGGUCGCCUCUGUUCCGGUCAUUGGGGGUAGUGCGUCUUGUGUCUCACAAGGGGGCGGGCAGACGCAUCGACAGCUUGUAUCCCGGGGGGGGGGAGCGUUCGAAGGAACGGUACCCGUCUACCGCGCGUUCCGCCCACGACUCCAGUCCUGCGUUCAACCUCCUUGCGGCGACCACCAAUACUACCAAGGCUGCCUACCACCUCUUGUUGCCAACAUUGCACUACUACCAUCUACUUGGAUUUACCUAUAUACUACUGCCAUUGCACCCUUUCCAAUCCCAGUUGUUUGUCCCAGAGCAAAACUGACCAUGUCUUCCGCUCCAGGGCAUCACGACUUCUCUACAGGUCCCUCUGGCUUCGCAACUGAGAUGGAUCCUAGGAACUCUGCCAGACUGGAUCAUAUGCCUCGAACACAAGACAACUUCGGCAUGGAUCGCUAUUCCACAACUCCCGGCUACAGAAUGCAGCGAUUGCCUCCUCCAAAAGGCCUCUUGGCAGGAGCUCCCUGCGGACCAGACACGUUCCGGCCACCGUCCCAAGAUCCUGUUCAAUAUUAUCACUCUCAGCCGUAUCUCCCUCACAAUAGCACUGGCCACGGCAUUUCCUCCCCCUUGAUGUCUCCUUCGCACAUUCCGUAUGCCGGUGCCGCUCCACCUCAGAACUAUCCGCCCCGUCAUAUCGCAGACCCAACCCACUCGCCGCAGAUAUUCCCGCCGGCGCCAGCUGGGAGGCCGGAUAAUGCAAACGACCCUCGAUUGUCACAGUAUCCUCCAAGCAUGGACCACAUGAACCACUUGAACCGGCAGACGCCGCCACCUCGACCAUACCAGCAUCCUGAAAGUGGAAUUGCGCCCCCCUAUAUGGCGAGACAAGAACAAGACACGCCCAUGGCAGAGUCGACCUUUGAGCCCGAGCCGGCAAGGCCCGUAGCCCGACCGCCAUCUCAUCCUCCGGAAACCGCAGGGCCUCUGUCAAUCCGAGUUCCCAAUCUGCUGGGCUCUAGCAAGGCUCAAUACUUGAAUGACACCAUCUUUGAGCUCAAGAUGCGGCAACAACCAAAUGCGGCACGAGCUUAUCCGCCCCCGAUCGUGGAGCUUGUGGUUAGGAACCCAAACUUCACGCAAGAGGAAAUCAGAGUGUAUCUGAGGUACGAGAGCUAUGUCAUGAGCUGCGCCAUCUUUGACGAGUCAGGAGAGCGUGACUCCUCCUACAUGCCGGAAGAGUACCAACAUCAGCGGCGGCUGAUGGGAUCUCUUGUCGCAACGCCAUUUGUGGGACAGGAUGAAAACGGGCAAGAGGGCUGCUUCUUUUGCUUCUCCGACCUUUCCUGUCGUACUCCGGGCUCAUUUCGCCUCAAAUUCACUUUGAUGAUGAUAGAUCCGGGCCGUGCCGGGCUUGUCAAACACUUCCCCAUCCUCGCAGAGUCGAAGAGCGAGCCUUUCAAGGUUUACAGCGCCAAAGAGUUUCCAGGUAUGGUGGCUAGCAGCAGUCUGGCUAAGCGUCUGAAAGAACAAGGGUGUAUAAUUUCAAUCAAGAAAGGGAACGACAGAGGACGAGGCUCCAGGCAUAAUGACGACGGUUCGGAUAAUGACGACGACGAGGAUGGCGAAGCAUCACAAGGUCAUAGAAGGAGACGGCAGAUGCGAAGCUGA